AUGUCCGACACAAAGCAGCAAACGCAGCAUGGGGAGCAGGAGCAAGAACAGCAGCAGCAGCAACAGCAGCACCAACCACAACAACAACAACCACAAGGCCUUCCAGAUGAAGCCAUUGCACUCGCCUCCCGCCUCUACAACGGCGCCCGUGCCGGCGACCUCGCCCUCUUCCAGCAGGCCCUGCCCGCCGGUCUGCCCGCCAACUUGGCCAACGAAAAGGGCGACAGUCUGCUCAUGCUCGCUGCCUACUACGGCCACGCCAAUCUCGUGCGUCUGCUGCUCCACCACGGCGCCGACCCGAACCGCCUCAACGACAAGGGCCAGAGCCCGCUGGCCGGCGCCGUCUUCAAGGCCGAGGAUGCCGUGAUUGAGGCUCUGCUCGAAGGCGGUGCCGACCCCGAGUUCGGCUCGCCCACGCCGCUCGAGACCAUUGUCAUGUUCCGCCAGGAGGACAAGUGGCGGGCCGCCUUUGAGGCAGCGCCCGGACGCGGACAGGCAGGGAAGUGA